CUCAAGUGAAGAGGCUGGUACAGGCAAUGCUACAUCUGAUGCUAAUGGGCCUACCUGGAAGAGAAAAUCCAUUCAGGAGAGACUCUUCUUCAUUGCCUCAUCCUAUGGAGGAAUCACCACUGCCCAUCUACAUUGAGGAGGGGACAGAAGUCCCGAUUGCCAAAAAGGAGUUGAUUGCUCUUGGCAUCAGGCAAAUCUGGACCCAGAAGACCACAGAAAGCAGAAAUAUGGCAACAAAGGAAAAGCUUCAGUGCUUGAAAGAUUUCCACAAGGACAUCCUCAAACCUUCCCCUGGCAAGAGCCCGGGGACACGGCCUGAGGAUGAGGCAGAAGGAAAGCCGCCCCAGCGGGAGAAGUGGGCGAGCAAGAUUGACUUUCUGCUGUCCGUGGCUGGUGGAUUUAUUGGUUUAGGCAAUGUCUGGCGGUUUCCGUAUCUCUGCUACAAAAAUGGCGGAGGUGCAUUUCUUAUACCUUAUUUCAUUUUCCUGUUUGGGGGAGGUCUUCCCGUGUUUUUCCUGGAGGUGGUGCUAGGACAGUAUACCUCUGAAGGUGGAAUUACAUGCUGGGAAAAGAUCUGCCCUAUUUUCACUGGAAUUGGUUAUGCUUCCAUAGUGAUUGUGUCCCUUCUGAACGUGUACUACAUUGUGAUCCUGGCCUGGGGACUCUACUACCUGUUCCAGUCGUUCCAGAGCGUCCUGCCGUGGGCACACUGCCACCAGAAGUGGAACACGCCGACCUGCGUGGAAGACACUCUCAGGAAGAACAUAACGCUCUGGAUAUCACUGAAUGCCACUAACUUCACCUCUCCUGUCACGGAGUUUUGGGAGCGGAAUGUACUGAGCUUGUCAUCAGGAAUUGAAGAUAUUGGUAUUGUCAAGUGGGAUCUAGCACUGUGUCUUCUCCUCGUCUGGGUGAUAUGUUUCUUCUGCAUUUGGAAAGGAGUCAAAUCCACUGGGAAAGUAGUGUACAUCACUGCCACGUUCCCAUUCAUCAUGCUCCUUGUUCUGCUCAUCCGUGGUGUGACCCUGCCUGGAGCUGCAGAAGGCAUCAAGUUUUAUCUUUAUCCUGAUAUCUCACGGUUAGCUGACCCACAGGUCUGGAUAGAUGCAGGGACACAAAUCUUCUUCUCAUAUGCAAUCUGCUUAGGAGCAAUGACUUCCCUGGGGAGCUACAACAAGUACAAAUACAACUGCUAUAGGGACUGUUUGCUGCUGGGAUGCCUGAACAGUGGUACCAGUUUUGUGUCUGGCUUCGCAAUUUUUUCCGUCCUGGGCUUCAUGGCACAAGAGCAAGGGGUGAACAUUGCUGAUGUGGCAGAGUCAGGUCCAGGCCUGGCCUUCAUUGCCUACCCAAAAGCUGUGUCCAUGAUGCCACUGCCCACCUUUUGGGCAAUCCUUUUUUUUAUUAUGCUUCUGUUGCUUGGACUGGAUAGCCAGUUUGUUGAAGUUGAAGGACAGAUCACGUCAUUAGUUGAUCUGCACCCAUCCUUCCUAAGGAAGGGUUACCGACGGGAAAUCUUCAUCGCUAUAGUAUGUUUCCUUAGCUAUCUUCUGGGACUAACUAUGGUGACUGAGGGUGGCAUGUAUGUUUUUCAACUCUUUGACUACUAUGCAGCUAGUGGUGUAUGCCUUUUGUGGGUUGCAUUCUUUGAAUGUAUUGCUGUAGCCUGGGUUUAUGGCGCUGAUAAUAUUUAUGAUGCCAUUGAGGAUAUGAUUGGAUACAGACCUGGUCCCUGGAUGAAAUGGAGCUGGACUGUGAUCACACCAGUUCUUUGCGUGGGGUGCUUUAUCUUUUCUUUGGCCAAGUACAAACCACUGACCUACAACAAGGUCUACACAUACCCAGACUGGGCAAUUGGCCUGGGCUGGGUUCUUGCCCUUUCCUCCAUGAUCUGCAUCCCUAUGGUGAUGGUCAUCCGCAUCAUACAGUCAGAUGGGUCGCUCAUUGAGAGGAUAAAAGCAGUGGCUGCCCCCAAGGAAGUGAAUCGGUGGUCCAAAGAAACGGAGAGUGGCACCCCCUUCUGCCCCAAUGGAACUUCGAAUGGCGGAUUGAUCAAGCCAACUCAUAUCAUUGUGGAAACCAUGAUGUGAGCUCUCUCUGUGAGAGGAUAAACCUGCUUUAACUGCCGUUUACUAACCAUAGAUUCUCAUAGGACCAGGUUUACAGAGCUUUAUAUUUGCACUAGGAUUUAUUUUUAUUUCUCACAGAGAAAGUUAUUUUUUGUGUGUGUUUUUUUUUAAUAUUUUGUAAGGUAAUCACAGCAGAUGUCUCUCUGUAGAGGGAGAGCUUUCAUAUCAGACUAGACAUAUUACAGGAAUUUACUAUUAUUGGGUUUUUUAAAAAUAUAUAUAUCUUUAUCUCUAAAUAUUAUACACCUUACCACUUGAAUUGAUUGUCUUGCCAGCAAUACAUUCAAGUCUCAGAAAGCAAUUUUAGGUGCUGGUAUGGUUGGGAGCAGGGUAACCUACAGAACACACAAAAGGAGCUCUGUUUAGAGAUAUGAUUAAAAAAAAGACGCUGUUUCAAGAGAAUUUUCAAAGGUGUAGUAUUUCCACCCUCUGGUUCAAUUGUGGUAAACGACAGGCUUCAGGGUCACACUAGGGAAAGGGUACAGUUAUGUUUAGCACAGUCCCUGAAUAAAGAUAUAGCCGGGCAGCUGGAGCAGAGAGUUUGCGAGGGAGGCAGAGAAGUUGGGUGUGAAGAGCCUUGCGGCCAUCCCUCCCUAGCAUGGCGUUGGGACCCUGUCACACAGACGAGAGGAGGACUUUAGGAAGGUGUUUGCAGGAUUUGGCAUGGUUCACUCUUUUUUUUUUCCUCUCUUUUUUUCUUUUUUUAAGGUUUUGGGGGGUUUUUUACUUAAGUGAAAUGCCUGCUGUUUAUGCGUAGAGCAGGGAGGUUGAGUACCUGCUCCUGAGUUUUCCAGCAAAGCAUAUUUUAGUGUGGUGGCACUGGUGUAAACUUGAAUUCUGCAAACUGGGAGGGGCAGCCUGUCCCCAGGGCAGCAGGGGCGAGUGCCCAGGAGCUGAGAGGGGAAAAGCAGCACCUGCCCUCUGGGUGCUUCAGAUGUUUGCUUGCUCAUUUGUUUGCAUGUUAAUUAUUGGACUUUGGUUUUGGGCAGAAAAAUAAAAGAAUCCCUUCUGGACUCUGACCGUCCAAAGGUGAACGCAAACCAGGUCAUCCCUGACAGGAGGAACAAAACCGUUCACCUACAUUUGGUGUAACCGGUAUUUAUAACAGACAAGUUGUUAAUAAUAAUAGUAAUAAAGAUAAUAAUACCAUUCAGCAAACAGGUGCUUUUCAUCCAUGUAUCUCAGAAAUGCUUUGCCAAGUUCAGUAACCAGGAUUUGCUUUAUUUAUUUAUUUGGGGGGGUGUUCAUUACUGUUGGGGGAACAGACAAAAGGACUAAAAGUCCCUUGUCCCACGUUACUAAAUAGCAGCAGUGGACCUAGGGGCCCCAGUCUCCUUGCCCAUCAUUGGGUUAAAACGUAAUUUUUUUUUUUUUUUGGGGGGGGGAGGGUGCAGACAUAUUUACGAGGCUUAUGAAUCGUUUCUGCUGAAGAAACAGGGCUUUCAGGAUUUUAAGUCAAAGCAAAGGGAACAUGUAACACUGAAAUGUUUUGUAUUUGGUCAGAAAGAAUUGCAUACUGUUCCAGGUUAGACUGGGGAGUGAAGAGAAACCACUACAAGGAGCGUAGGAAUGGGGUUCUGCUUUGUGUGGGCGAGGUGGAUGUUUCCAUGGGGAAUUGCUCCCUGAAGACUGUCCAAAACAUGGACAAAAUCUUUUUUUUUUUUUUUUUUAAAAAACUUGAGCAGGUUGUGCUGGGAACAGGUUCUCUGGCGAAACUCAGCCUUUUCUUGUGGGCAUUGUAGUAGAGGGAGAGAUUUUUUUUUCUUCUUAUGAUACCACAGUUAGGCUAUCCAAAGGUAUUUAGAGGAAAUGCUUGGUAAAACCAGAGUUUGUAUCUGCUUAUGCUGCUGUCAGCUUGGUCUGUCAGGGCAGAGUUUGUCAUUUAAACAGGAACAUAUCCAGUUCUUAACAUUCCUACACAGCAGUUUUAUUUUAUUUUUUCUUGUCCCAUGGGCUAACUGGCCGCAGAAGCGCAAACACUUGUUGAUUAGCUUGCUGGUUUUCCUGUAACAGAAAAGGGGUGAUUUAAAACUUAAGAGAUGGACCAAUUUAAUUUUAAAAAAAAAAAAAGGAAAAAGUGGCUGCAUCUGUAACUUUCAAAAUCUUUCUAGUUUGAAUUUGUACACAUUUUUACAUCAGAUAGCUAAGUUGCAGCAACAAAACCAGCCACGGCAGAAUUGCUUUUGCUUUCUUUUUCUGGGUGCUGUAUUAUGAGAGUUAUAAAUGAAACUUUUCCGCAGCUGGAGGUGACUAACAUCUAGUGUCACCUGCUGGGCCAGUGGCAAUAGCCAUCCAAAGGUCACUGGGGGAAUUCUGUGAGCCAGUGGGUGUCAUCACAUGUGCCCAAAAUAAAGGAACAUGCAUACAGCUAUUUUUUUUUUUUUUUAAUAGCCUUUAACCAUCAAAGGCAAGGAAAUGUAAUCAAAGAUAACUCUCUUUAGUGGGCUUCAGCUUGGACCCUCAUUUUUGAGUUACAGUUAGUGUCUGCAGUAAACAGGCACGCUUGCCUGGGUGAAGAGGCAGUAGCAGGUUAGGGGGGUCUAAAUUAAUGGUUUCUGUGAGUGCAGAUGAAACACUGAUGCUUGAUUUAUAUUUUUUUAUAUCUAUACAUUGUCAUACAACUGUUUUUGAGAUAUAGCGUGCACAUCACUUUCGUGCUGUGACAAGCUUUAGUUAGGGAAAAAUAAUGGUUUGGCUAUAUCAAAGAUGUCUCUGACGAGUCAGCUUGGUAUUUAGCCAUCUCCCGCAUUGUGGAGAGCGUCUUUGUGUUAAGAACCAGAGGGCUAGUACUACACCUUUCAAAGUACAACUACUAGAGAACUAGAACCCAGCCCCAUUUCGAUAUAAACUGUGCCAUUCAAAUCAGUUGCUUCCAUGUACCAAGUGAAAAUGUCUCGCACAUAUGCAACAACCUCAUUGAAGCAUUCUCUAUGUCAACUUCUCUGGCCCUGCUGUGCUCUUCAGCAUGACUGCAAGGGAGGGCUGGGACUCACGAAGAGCUAAGAAAUUAUUGUUUCUGGAAAACAGUUCCCCUCUCCCCUCUUCUCUCCCCUCAAAAAAAAAAAAAAAUUAAUUCUUCUUGUUUUAUCCGGGGUUUGAGUUCCAAUGAGCACAUUCAUAUUUUUACAGUUUUGGGUUUUCCUAACACUUUUAUCAGAUUUCUGAACUUUUCUUGAUGAUAAAUUUGCAUUUCAACAUGAUCCUCUGCCAAAUUUAUUAAAAACAUAAUUUUUCAAAAAGUCUGUGUUUUCUACCUAUUUCUGACUGCAAAUACAACUGAUUUUUUCCCUAAUUUACUUGUUUAAACACUUGUGACCUAUUUUACCUGUUAUAUGUAAAUGAGGAACUCUAUAUUAAAAUAUCAUGACUAGUCAUAGAUGAACUGGUUUGGAUCCAGGGAAAAGUUAGUGCAGUUUUGGCAUGAGAUCUUCAGAACGAGAUCCCUGAGUUUAAAACCAGAAUAAAACAAGACAAAACCCACACCUUUUUGUAUUUCAUGUACCUUUGUAUUCAUGGAUUCUUCUGGGCUUGAAAAACGGCAGAUUUUCAGCAGUAUUUAUUUCCAGCUGAACUGAAAUCAAGAGAUAGUAGAAAUGUAAAGGGGAACGUUUAGUCCACAAGAUUUUCCAACCUGUUUCAUAUUUUUCUCAAUUUUCCAAACUUUUUCAGUUCACCUGUCACUAGUUAUGAUCUCACUGAACGGGCAUCUAUUGUAAGGGACUUUACCAGUAGUCUGUAUUUUGGUAUUUAAACAGUAUGAUUUCAUAAAUAGAACUGCUUUUUAUUGUUGUUGUUAUUGUUCUCAUUUUCCUUCUCAUGCGUAGCGUUCCUUUUCAUCUGGUCCAAACAGAUCCACACACUUAGAAAAGUCCUCUUUUAAGUGUGAGGUAGUAGGUCCACAAUGGAUUUGUUCUUGUGUUGUAAAUGAAAAUACAAAAGCCUAGCAGCUGUGUUUGCCAUCUAGAACAAUGCUGGUGGUCACCCUGCAGCAGCAGUGCAGCUCCUGGAGCGGAGGGGAGUUAGGAAUGGUCUGCUGAAACAGCUCAGCAAAACUGAUUUUUGCAGCUGUUCUUGGGGAGAGGAGGAAAACAAAAAAAAAGUGCAGCCUUACGGUUGCUGUAACACACAAAAAAAAAAAAAACCCAACCCACCAACAACCAUUAGCAGUGCCUUUAAUGUCACCAUCAGGAUAGCAUCUUCUGCAGCUGUUUUCAGUCCUGUGUGCAUCCUCCUUUCUCAACUGCAGAUACUCCUGGUUCCUCUUCUCUGUCUCAGCGUUAGACAAUUCGAGUAGAUCUGAAGACACACGGACAUUUCCAUUCGAUAGGCCUUUUACAAGUCUCCUCCCAGUCUGCUUUUAUUUGCUAAGGAGACUUACAGUUUCAGUGAGGUCAUGCUUGUCACACUUGGGUUCAAAGCUCCCACUUGUUGCGUCAAUGGCAAAACUCCAUCCGUGGGAGAAGGAUUUGAACGUUUUUGAAUAACUGAUUAUUAGCUUCCAUGUCUUGUGGUCACUGCAGGAUCACUCAUGGAGGCAUAAUGUAUAUAAAAUGUUAAUAAGCUGUGUAUUGAAUGGAGUGGACAAGUUAGUUAAGCAGCUCAAGUACACUUGGAAGAAAGAUGACCCUGACAUCAUUUCCAGGAGAUUCAAUGGAAGUUGCUCACUUUCAGUAAAAAAAUAAAUAAAUCUGUGUUUAAGUAGACUAGUGGAUGAAAUCUUUCACCCUCAUAUGCAUGCACACAAGUGGGGACAUUGCUUCUAUUCCUAGGCUGCAAAUCAUGUGCGUAAGUCUUGCAGAGCUGUUUAGGAUGAGGAUUGAGAAGGUUUAGGCACCACUUGCCUGCAAAGAGCCAACCUGCCAGGGUGCCCAAGUGGCCUUUCCUAAAUUGGGGGAUGGUGAAAGAGGGAACAUAAUGACAAAAUCCUAGGCUGUGGCCCCUCCAAGGAAGCCUUGAGGUUGGACUUGAAAACUCUUCUGGCUCCUUGUAAGCACCACAUGGCUCCUGGUAUGGGAGGUUGGGUGUGGUGUGGGUUCAGGCAGCUGCCUUGGACUUGUUUUCUCCAAAAUCAGCAUCCAAAGCCUUGCGGUUAGGAUUGACGUGGUGUUGUGUAUUUGUAUAUUUGCAUGAGCAAAGGUCAGGAACUGUCAGACCCUAGUAGCUCAUUUUAUUUCUUGUAAUCAAAGUUAAGCUUAAGAAAGAAAGUAUUCAGUUGAUUCGGUGACACUUGAAACCCCCAAAACCCCAUGAACUAGUGCAAAAGAAGCCCCCUGAGCUCCAUUCUUUGGUCACAAAAAUUUUCUAUUAUUUGUAUCAAUGGUCAAUUUGAGUUAACUAGAAAGCUUGAUCAAGAACGACUUGAGCAUAACCAGCACUAGCCCCAGCUGGAAAACUGCCCAGUCCAGCCCUGCACCCUCCACCGGAUCAUGGCUCUUUUCUGCCAGCCCAAAAUAAACCUGUACAUGGACAAUGCUUCGCUGCUUUUAAAAAAAAAUAAAAAUCUGAAUUUGUUUGUUUCUAUUAAAAAAAAACCAGAAACGGUCAAUUUUUGGUGUGUUUUUUCCAAUUGUCAUUUUGAAUUGGUGAUUUCAAUUUACUUGUGUCCUAAAAAAAAGCAGGAAAAGCUUCAGACACCAUUUGACCAAAGAAAAGAGGCAAGCUCGAAAUUUUGCAGACUGAAAACAUUAAGAAAAAUAAUCACUCCCCCAUCCCUAUCAAAGGUGGAGAACUUUAGUGACAGGGCUUGCAACUGGAAAAGAGCCGGACCCUGCUGGUAUUGCUUGACUAUUGAAUGGCAGCGCAGGCAUGGCCUUUUUGUAUCACUGCUGUGUCUUAAUUUGAAAUAAUCGGUAACAGUGUCAGAAAUGAAUCGCCACAAGCUUUACACAGCCCUGAGCUUUAGGAGUAAAGCAAAUUAAAGACAUUUUAAAAAGGAGUGAGUUUCUGGAGGCUUCCUCCCCGUGGUUUGGCUCUGUGGCGCACAGCGGGACAGUGCAGCUCGCUUUCCCAUUUGCAGCAAAGGGAAAACAUGGCCCGACUUGACAAAUCAGAAGAAAUAAUGGGGAAAAAUAUAGUUUAAAAAAAAAAAAGUGAAACUUGAUUAUGCUAAGGAGCUGUGCAUGUGUGCUUUUGUAUGCAGGGGAAGGCUUCGGUCCUGUAGCAUAGUACAUGUUAGCAUGAUACAUAUUGUUUCUAAAUCUAUCUGCUUCUGCAGUUGAGAUGUUAAAAAGAUUUGAUUUUUGUUUUCAAUAUAUAAAGGAAAAGAAAUGAGAACAGUGGCAAAAUCAUGUUGAGAGGCUGAAAAAACACUUGGGGGCAAGUUGAGUUAGUUUGUCAUCUGCUCCUGCUCUGGAAGCCAGCAACUGUCUCUCAGCAUUGCAGCAUCCCAGUCCUGUUCUGAAGUGCUCGUUGUUCAAUAGGAUGUUGUUUUUCUCCAGUGUAAUGUUGUGAUUGUUACCUGAUAAUGUUGCCAGGGACUUCACGUUAUAAGAGGUGGUCCAUCUUGUGUGAUGUAUUUGGCUAAAAAACAGUGGUGGUUUUUUUAUUAUUUAAAUUCCUAGCAACUGUGACUACAGUAAUGUGAUGAGUAGCACAUACAGUGAGGAGGCGAUGUCCAUGAUGGCCUCCUUAAAAAUGUCAUCUGAACUUUUUAGAAAAAAAAAAACAACUAAAAAUAUUUUUAAAAGAUUUUAAAUCAUUUUUUGUGUGUUCCAAAACGGAAUAUUUGUAUUUGAAAAAAAUCCUGGACUGUAAUUUAAUCCUAAAAACCCUAGCCUUUGUGUAUAUGGUAAAUUUGUAUUUUGCAGUUUCUGUUUUGCUUUUUAGAUAAAUAAAAUGUAUAUGGAUAUUUUUAAGUCAUCUUUGCUUUUUUAGAUGAGUUUGUAAUCACCUUAUAACUGAAAAUAAAACUUUCCUUUAUAAACCA